AUAAAAGUUUGAUUUUGUUUAUUGUUUUGUUUUUGUCCAUAGACGAAGUUGAUAUAAUAUAAAAUAUAAAGUCGAUGAUUUAUUUAUUUUUUGAAGAUAUUAUAAAUGUUUAGAGAGUGCAAGUUCUUCGUUAGUAAAGCUAUUAUUCCUUUGUGUGGUCAAGAUGGCCCCUUAUACAUUUUCCCCUUCUUUAAUAAAAAAAGCGAUAUCUGAAGUAAAAAAACGACCGGCUCUUUACAAUAAAAACAAUCCCGAUUUCCUCAACAAAGACGCUAAAGAACAACUGUGGAUAGACAUUUGCUGGGAAUUAUUCCCGAAUUGGUCGGAUUUUAGCGAGAAAAACCGUCGAAAUAUCUUGGAUGACCUCAAAAGAAAAUGGAAGAACAUAAAAGACAGUUUUAGAAAGGAAAUCAAAAGGAAAGGCGAAUGUCCCGGUGAAAACGCGUCGAAGAAAAGACCUUACGUAUACGCAAGAGAACUGAAAUUUAUGAUACCGUUUAUGGCUAAAGAACUCAAAGUUUCCGAAGAAAAAAUGAUCCAAUAUAGUCCAACUUGUAGUUCGGAUAACGAAGACGUUCAAGACGUGAAUGAAUUACUGAACGUUAAAUUCGAAAAUGACGACACAUUCUCCUCCAAUUCAUCACAAAACUGCAACGUUAACACCACACAAGAGAACGGAGACACCGAUCAAUAUAUCUUAGGAAACACAAGUAAUAGUAUCGACGAAGACAGACAUUUCUGUUUAUCUUUAGUACCCUACUUCAAAACCCUCAAUCUCCAACAAAAAUUAAACAUACAAAUCGAAAUACUCCAAAUACUUAAAACAGUCAUUGUCAAUGAUACCGCCGAGAAAAACUAAUAAAACCGUAAUAGUAUAAAUAUA